AUGCCCUUUUACGAGGACUUGGAGCUCGAGCUGCCCAAUGAUACAUGUCCUAUCACAUGGCAUUGUGAUGGAGUCAAAAUAUACAAAACUCACAAAGCAUGGGUGUAUUCGUUUGCUUCAGCAGUUCGGAAAGGUCCAAGUUUGAACACAAAGCUUUUGUUCAUGAUCUUCCGCGAGAACGAGCAGGUGAAACCAGACACCCACAGAUGUAUAGCUAAGAUCAUUGGAUGGGUCAUGAAAGUGUUGAUGACCGGCAAGUACCCCACAAGGAACCACAAAGGUGAGCUGUACCCUCCAGACUCUGUGGAAGCUGGGCGCUCGGGCGAGCGCUUUGCAGGGAAUUGGCGAUUCGCCUUCGGCGCGUUCAAGGCAGAUCUAGAAGCGCGGGUUCAAGUGCAUCAGUUAGCUCGAAACUGGCAGUCGGACAGUAUCUGUGAGCACUGUUUAGCCAAUAAGCUACCAAAUCAAAUGGUAUAUACAAACUUCUCGGAUCGAGCUGGCUAUAUGGAGUACAUGUUGAGCCACAAAGAGUUUUUGCUCUUGAACCCACCGAACAAGCAGUCUGCCUGGGUGGAUGUUCCAGGGUGGGCAAAGGACCGCAAUGUUGAAGAUAUGUUGCACAUGGUUCACCAAGGUGUCGGGAGUGUAGUGGUGGCAUCCCUGAUUACCCACCACUAUGAAGACACCGUUCCCAAUCUCACCUUGGAGCAGCUGGGCGACAAAUUGUCGUCGGAAGCAUGGCGGCACUACAAGGCAUGGGCUCGUGAAAGGAGGGAUGUUGUGUGCCCUACUAGUUCCACUUUCACUGCUUCAAGGUUUGGCCGUGACAGUUGGCAAUCUUACCCCGAAUUGAGUUCUCACUACAAAGCAGCUAUGGUGAAGUUCCUCAUCUAUUGGGCAGCUGCAUUCCUUCGAGAGCGUUUUGAGGAAAACCCUAAUGAGGGAAGUCGGCUUCGGGCACACACCGCCUAUUGCCUUGCGCAGUUCCAAUUCUUGCAAGAUGCACAUGGGCCAUGGUUUUCAGAGCAGGUUGCCACCGAUGAAGCUCUUGCUGGAAGGUCCUUCCUACUGUUCUACCAACAGCUUGCAAAGAAGGCCAGGCAGGAUUGGCCGAACAGAAGGGUAUACAAAGUCCUCCCGAAGUUUCACAGCCUUUUGCAUUGCUGCCUGUACAUCAAGCUCACAAAGAGGAAUCCGAGGUAUGAACAUGUGUACGCAGAGGAGGGCUUCAUGAGGGUUGUUAGCACGAUCUGCUCACGGUGUCAUCCACUGACCAUGGACUUUGUGGCUUUGAGUAGAUACCGAGCUCUGAUCGAGCUGCGUGAGGCCCUGUGA